AUGCCAUCAGAUCAGACAUCCCGAUGUCGGAAAGGGACCAAAAGCUGCACGGAAUGCCGACGACGGAAAGUCCGUUGCAUUCGCGUAUCGGAAGACGCACCAAAGUGCCGGCGAUGUGAAGAGCGAGGCUCCGAAUGUGUGGCGCAAACGUAUAUCGCCCGGCCAGCGGAGUCACAUCGGUCUUCACGAUACCGGAUUUCUCAGCUGGAGUCACAGGUCGACAACUUGACCAAAGCCGUGUAUGGCAUCGAAUCCAGACUUGGGUAUCAGAUCACUCGGCCCUCAGGGCUCGUAGCUCCACCGAGUCCUGGAGCUGAAAGCUCCGACGGUAAUUCCAGCGUUUCAGACAUCAUCGAGGCAGACCAACCCUUGCAUCUCCGGUCACUCUUUCAAAACGACUGGCUCAGUGUAGACUCCCCUCAACAGGAUGAAAAGGCAGCAGAACGGAAGGUGAAAGCAUCAACACACUUACUCGAAACUGCCAAGCGGGCGCUGCAGGUGCUAAUUCCGCCGCGAGAAGAAGUAUCAGAUAUCUCCAAAAUGGGGCCUGGAUGGCUUACCUUACAGAGUAUCAUAUUGCCUCAGCCAUUUACCCCCAAAUCCGAACCAGAACUUCUUGAAAGCUACGAGGAGAUGCAUGAUCCAGACGUGGACCCCAUCCGCCUUGCCUCGUGGCUACUUGCCAUGGCCCUCACGGCUCAGCAAGCGCCUGCAGGCAAAGACAGGUCAGACACGCAGCAUGAAUGCUGGCAGCGGCGGUUAGCCCUCUCCAGGGUCAUUUCCGAGACGGUGGAUAGUACGAUUCUGUGCCACGAUAAACUAAUUAGUACAACACGAGGGCUUGUACUAUUCACGCAUUUCAUUCGACUUCUAAUUAGCCAGGGUAGUUUCCAGAAAGCGUGGAUUCGGCUCCGCCAUGUCAUUGCAAUUGCAGAAUUAAUGGGUCUUCCCAAGACUUUCCACGCCACGCAACACAACAAGACCACCGGGAUUGAUGACGACGAAACACAACUCUGCCGGGCCCAACAGUGGGAAUUGAUAUGCUCUGCAGACCGACUGUUAAGCAUGGUCCUGAACAUCCCCGCGGACACCAGCCGGCAUAAACAGACCACCGAGCCCGCAUUGAUCGUUGACGGCGUUGUCCAGCCGGGGGUGUAUCUUCGAAGAUUGACCGACAUUGCCGGCAAAGUCCAGCAGCUAGACGACCUGAACUCAGCAGCCGCCGAGUCUAGCACCGAAUUGUAUACCUCGACCCUGGAGUUGGUUCGAGAGCUUAGGGCACUGGCCUCGCAAACCCCAGAGUCCUGGUGGGCGCGAGGCACGGAGCGCGUCGAACCGGACCACAUAGUCCAGGCGAUGCACUUUUACAUCUCGAUGAGAGUGCAUCUACCCUUCACUAUGCGCCCAGAUGCUGGCGAGGAGUAUUUCUACCACCGUCUAGCCUGCAUGGACGCCUGCGAGUCCAUCGCGCACCGAUAUCUCUUCCUCCGUCGCAUGCUGCCGCCUGGUUUCUUUCUAUCGGGCAUGUUAGAUCUCCAGGUGUUUAGCGCAACGGUCGUCCUCCUCCUCACUAGUCACAGUUCGCCCUCGACCAAUCGCUUCAACCUGCGCAUCGAUAAGACCCGGAUCGACACGGUAGUCUGCCAAGUCGUCAAUCUCAUGCGCGAACGAUCAGACGGUGCCCCCAACUCAAACUAUUCCCAGAACGUAGCCUCAACCCUGUCCGCACUGAAUCAUCUGCUCCGCGAAGACGACAGCGGGGACCAGAUGCAUCAAUUGACCGUCAAGGUUCCCCUUUUGGGCAAGGUCCAUGUUCGACGCAACCCCCGGGCGUGGCAGGCGCCUAAGGCCGAUAGGCCCUGGUUCCAACCCCAGCCAGAUCCCGGAGCGUGGAAGCCGAACGAGCAGUUCGUUCCUGCACCUUUGCAGGGAAAUCCGUCAAUGGGAACCACGUGGGGUGCACAUGAAGACUGGCAGCUGGACCGACUGUCCUGGUCCAUUGAGAACAGCCACGAGAAUUUCUUCCAGGAUUCUCUCAUGAUGGACACAUUCGACCAGUUUGCCAUGUAG